AUGCUUUUGGCGAUCGGUGCCGUUAUUCUUGCUUUUAAAAUGUCAACUUCAAUAUCAAGUCUAAAUAGCCUUUUUUCGUUUACUUCUCCUGCAGUUAAAAGGUUGCUCGGUUGGAAGCAAGGUGACGAGGAGGAAAAGUGGGCUGAAAAAGCUGUAGAUUCUCUUGUGAAAAAGCUGAAAAAGAAGAAAGGUGCUCUUGAGUCCCUGGAAAAAGCUUUGAGUAAUCCAGGUGAACCAAGUGAAUGUGUUACGAUACCAAGAUCUUUGGAUGGCAGACUGCAGGUUUCACACCGCAAAGGUCUGCCACAUGUUAUAUACUGUCGUGUUUGGCGUUGGCCUGAUCUACAGAGUCAUCACGAGCUCAAGCCCCUAGACAUUUGUCGCUUUCCUUUUUCUGCUAAGGAGAACGAAGUGUGCAUAAACCCGUAUCACUACAAGCGUGUUGAAAGUCCAGUUUUGCCGCCCGUUUUGGUUCCAAGGCAUAGCGAGUACCCUUGUAUGGGGUCGGUAUCCGCUGGACCUCCAGCGGACUCAACAAGAAUAAGCAUAAUGCCACUCCAGGCUGCUCCACUCUUGGUGGCGUCAUCUUAUGGUCAGCCGACGUCAAGCGGACCUUCAAUGCCUUACGUCACCUAUCCCCAAGGUUUCACUCAGACCUCGCCGCUCCCCCCUGCUACUCCCGUUAGCAGUGGUGCCUCUCCCUCUACCUCCCUUCCUCCGCCCUCCGACACUCAUCCAGUAAACUACCAAGAACCGAAGUACUGGUGUUCGAUAGUCUACUACGAACUAAACACCCGUGUUGGAGAAGCCUUUUUUGCCUCUCAGCCAAGCAUCGUGAUCGACGGUUUCACAGACCCUUCAAACAACUCGGACCGCUUCUGUCUUGGUCUCCUCUCCAAUGUAAACCGCAAUUCUACCAUUGAAAACACUCGUCGACACAUUGGCAAGGGAGCUCACCUCUACUACGUUGGAGGAGAGGUGUUUGCGGAAUGCCUCUCAGACAGCAGCAUCUUUGUGCAGUCGCGCAAUUGCAACCACCGGCACAAUUUUAAUUUGACUACUGUAUGCAAAAUUCCGCCAGGCUGUUCGCUGAAGAUUUUCUCAAACCAGGAGUUUGCUCAGCUGCUGCGUCGUACAGUGAGCCACGGCUUCGAGGCAGUUUACGAGCUCACCAAAAUGUGCACGAUUAGGAUGAGCUUCGUGAAGGGUUGGGGUGCCGAAUACCACCGCCAGGAUGUCACCUCGACACCCUGCUGGGUUGAGAUCCACCUAAACGGCCCCCUCCAGUGGCUGGACCGCGUUCUCACUCAAAUGGGCACUCCACGCAAUCCCAUCUCUUCCGUUUCCUGA